AUGUUUUCAGCUCCAGAGAAUUCAAGUCAUUUUGAUGCGCCUCAUUUACCUCAGCAUUAUGAUGGCUCUGCUAUGUUCUAUGGGAUUCGCCUUCAUCAUCCACUCCCAAGUCUUGAUAUAGCUGUUGCUCCUCGAUCCAACAUUCAUGAUCGAAAGAAUGCUCAAGGCAUCCUGGGGAAUUUUCACUAUUUUAAUGGCUUUGCAAGCUCUAGUUCUUCGGCUCCCCCUUUCAAUACAAGGCAUCUUGAAUUCGGGGUUCCCGUGAUGGAUUCUGCAUCUUUGGCCUUUGCCCAGCCGCAGUACAGAGGGAAUAAUGCUCCUUCAAUCAUGGAAGUAGGAUCUCACAGAAGUGUGAGGAACAGAUCAGGUGCUGUUGGGCCGGAUUCUGUUCUGGCACAUAAUCAUUACCAUUUGGUGCAAGGAAACCAUAUUGGCCAUCCUUUUCAGCCUUCUGGCAAUCCCUGGGUUGACCAACAAUCAGGCAAUAAUGGUAGUGGUGGGGGAACUUUGGCCUGGAAUCAUGGACUUGCUUUACCUUAUUUGCAUGGGAGCAAUAUCAGUGGAGGUUCUAGAGAGGCUGGGAAUGUGGGUAUACAGGGAUAUCAUGAUACAUCUAGUGGCAGAAGUUCCACAGAUUACCUUCAACCUCCUGUCCUUCACCGGCACCAUAAUCUUCAUUAUCCACCACCACCACCACCACCACCUAUGCAAGGAGCAAGAAGACAUUUCCACCCUCAAGUAGUGGCAUCUUCUUAUAGACUUGCCACGAUUAGUUCACGUAGUCCUGAGCCUCCUCAGGUUGGUGCAGAGGCAGGGCACAGGCAUCCAGGACCUGUUCCACCUACUUGGAUCAGGAUAGAUCGAUCUCAUCAAGGGGGAGUCGCACCUGAGGCAACAUCGAGACAUGGUAAUCUGCCUUACUUGAGAACGCUCCCAGAAGAAGAAGUUGCCAUACUAGAUCUUUCAGCAUCUUAUCAAGUAGGGGAAGUAGGCACAGGGCUUUCAGAGGAAUCCAUUACAAAUUGUCUAAAAACUAGAACUUAUAUAUCUUCAACUUGUCUGAAUCUGGAAGAGGGUGCAAGUAUGGAUCAGGAAAAGGAUUCUUGCAUUAUAUGCCAGGAGGAGUAUGAGAAUGAAGAGAAGAUUGGAUUUCUUGAUUGUGGGCAUGAGUACCAUGCAGAUUGCUUGAAGAAGUGGGUGCUGGUGAAGAAUGUGUGCCCCCUCUGCAGAGCCCCAGCAAUGACCCCAAAAAAGGAGGAUGUAUAGAGGAGCGACGAUGGUUGAAAGCUUAUUCAGGCAGCCCUUUGUUUUCUUAUUUUUUUUAUAGGUGUUUCUCCUUGUUCUUUGGUAGUUAAGCACCUGUAAACCUCUUCGGUUAAAUCACCCGGAAGAGAAGUGUUGUUAACAUCCAAUUUGAUGAGAUGUCACCCAUGAAUAGCGGCUAAAGCCAACAAAGGUUUAACCGUUAGCAAUUUAGCCACUGGGGAAAAUGUAUCUAACAUAAUCCACACCUUCUUGUUGG